GGGGCGGUAGUGGCGCGGUGGUGGUGGCGUGCAGCGUGCGGGCAGCGCCGUGAGGGAGCGGCGGGCACCGGGCACGAUGUCCAAGUCUUCAACRGCACCAAAAAUGUCAUCCCAAGAGGAAAUCCUGAGCGAUGGCCGGUUCAGCUGCAUCGCAAGGGAUCCCAGGUUUUGGGAGAUGCCUGAAAAGGAACGUAAAGUCAAGAUUGACAAGCGAUUCCGAGCGAUGUUUCAUGACAAGAAAUUCAAGCUGAGAUACACAGUGGAUAAAAGAGGUCGCCCUGUUAACUAUACCUCCACAGAGAACCUCAAGAAGUUUUAUGCYUUGUCAGAAUCUGACUCUGAUCUUUCAGAAAGUGACAGUAAAGAACUCACUGUAAAGAAAAAAAAGAAAAAGAAAGUUAAAGGCAAAGGAGAAGCAGAUUCUGUAAAGACCGUUGCAGGUGGCCUUCCAAAGGAGGAGAGCAAAAAAAAUAAGCAAGGAGUGGACCAAACAUGUGAAGCGGUGACRAAACUAAAUGACCUUAAAAAAGGACAAAAGAGUAAAUCUAAGUUCAGCAUGAAAGAGGACUCACAGAAAACUGCUGUAGAAGUUGAUCACUCUCAGGGAACGAAGGGCCUUUUACCCAAAGGGGAAAACAAGGAAGAAGUUGUGUCAGGGGAAAGUUCCAUUUCAAUUCAAAGCAAGGAAAAGACUUCACAAGUAAAUGGUGCUAAGUCAGUCAAAGCUCCCAGGAGGGACCACUCCCUAGGAGGGAAAAUAAAAGAAUCAGACAUCUCUGAUCAAAGUGUAAAAAGUAAAAGCCAAUUAGAGGAAGAAACUUCUGCAAGUGAGGAGGCRGAAUCAGAAGAGGAAUCAGACAAUGGUGAAGAAACAGGUGAGGAAGAGGAGCCAGAAGACGAUGGGGAAAUGAUGGGUGAAGAUGACAGUGAUUCAGAAGAUGAUGAAGAAAGUGACAGUGGGCCUGAUCUAGCCAGAGGCAUAGGGAACAUUGAAACSAGCUCAGAUGAUGAUGAGGAUUUAAACGAGCUGUUUCCAAAGGAGCCAGAGAUCGAGCAUUCAUGGCGUGAGCUGGAUAAAGAUGCCCCUCGUGGAGAUGAGAUUACAAGCAGAUUGGCAGUUUGUAAUAUGGAYUGGGAUAGGUUGAAGGCUAAGGAUUUGCUGGCUCUGUUUAAUUCUUUCACACCCAAAGGUGGAACAGUGUUUUCUGUUAAGAUUUAUCCUUCGGAAUUUGGAAAAGAGAGAUUGAAAGAGGAAGAACAAAAAGGACCUGUGGAACUGUUUGAUCUUCCAGAGAAUACCACAGAGGAUGAUGGGAUUUAUAGGGAAAAACUGCGGGAAUACCAGUUUAAGCGACUGAAAUACUUCUAUGCAGUUGUAGAAUGUGAUUCUCCUGAAACAGCCAAUAAAAUUUAUGAGGAAUGUGAUGGACUGGAAUUUGAAAGUAGCUGUUCUUUCAUAGACCUGAGAUUUAUUCCAGAUAAUGUUACAUUUGAUGAUAAGCCAAAAGAUGUAGCCUCAGAAGUGAACAUAGCUGCUUAUAAGCCAAAAUACUUCACAUCUGCUGCUAUGGGAACAUCAAAGGUAGAUAUCACAUGGGAUGAGACAGAUCACGAACGAGUAACAUCACUCAGCAGAACUUUUAACAAAGAGGAGCUUCUUGACAUGGAUUUUCAAGCAUAUUUGGCUUCAUCAAGUGAAGAAGAGGAGGAAGAGCAGCAAGGUGAUGAUAUAACUAAUGAAAUGGAAGAUGGCAAACCGAGGAAAAGYCAAAAAGAUGAUGAAGAGCAAAUUGCCAAGUACAGAGAACUUUUGCAAAGUAUCCAAGAWAAAGAGAAAAAACAGGAAGAAAAGAAUAUAGGAAUGGAGAUUAAGUGGGUUCCAGGCCUCAAAGAAACUGCUGAAGAAAUGGUCAAAAACAAGUUGGAAGGAAAGGAUAACCUGACUCCAUGGCAAAAAUAUCUGGAGAAGAAGAAAGAAAAAAGAAUUCUUAAGAAAAAGAGAAAGGCUACUGCUGAGAGAGAAGAGAGUGAAGAUGAACUUCCACCUGAUGUUGAUCUCAAUGACCCAUAUUUUGCUGAAGAAUUCGAGAAAACAGGUUUAAAGAAGAAGCCAGAAUCAAUGGAAAGUACCUCAGAAGAUGAAGAUGAAGUUGAAAAACAGAAGGCUGAAAUGGCCCUACUGAUGAUGGAUGAUGAAGAAGAYGGCAGAAAACAUUUUAAUUAUAAAAAGAUUGUAGAACAACAGAAUCUGAGCAAGAAGAAAAAGAAACUUCUUAUGAAAAAGAAAGAAUUACUAGAAGAUGACUUCCAGGUAAAUGUUGCUGACACAAGAUUCCAAGCCAUGUUUACUUCUCCCCUGUUUAAUUUGGAUCCUUCAGAUCCAAAUUUCAAGAAGACAAAAGCAGUAGAAAAGAUCCUGGAAGAGAAAGCUCGCCGAAGAGARGAAAAGGAGCAAGAUCUUAAGGAGGCCAACAAGGGCCUGGAGAACAAGAUGGCAAAGAAAGGAGAGGUUGCUAAGAAAGCCAUAGAUCCUGCCUUAUCAAUGCUAAUAAAGUCUGUCAAAAAUAAAACUGAAGAGUUUCAGGCGAGGAAAAAGCAGAAAUUCAAAUAACUGAACUUUGUUUUUAUCCGGACUUUAUUUCAGUCUCAGCUCUUUAAACUGGAGACAUCUGUCAAAGUUACUGCAGCCUGCUCUGAUUCCUAUCCACCUAAAAUGUUCUGAAAAAUCACUUCACUGUGGUGGUAAUGUUUGAAAUAUUUAGAGUAAUAAUCACUCUUCUGACACAACAAAUACUGGUUUGUACUACYGUUGAAAAGCUACAUCUUGCAAACACACAUAUAAGGAAAUGGUGGUUCUGGGGUGGUUUGUGUCAUGUCAUCUCUUAAAAAUAAUAGAAGUGCUGAAGCUGACUACAAAAAUCAUAAUUACAGAUUUAUUUAUAAAUAAUAAAAACACUUCUGCAGAGGUUUAUUGUUGAGAGUAAGUGGUCUUGAAGUUUUUAAUUCCACAGAAGUCUGUUAAACACACCUGUCUUGAUAAAGAAGUUAAUAAUGUAACUACAAAUUGAAGAAAUUUUGUACACAAGUUUUUUGUAGGUUUUUAAAAGAUUGCAUAAAUGCUUUAUUAAUUUCUCCUUUAAAUACUUGAAGGUAAUAGGACUAAAUUAUGGAAAUAUUAUCAUUUAGAAGUGUUUCAUUAACAUACAUUGGAAAUAAAUGGUUUAAAUAGGCCCAGAGGAAUUUUGGGCACUAGUUGUGGUUUUUUUUCAUCCAUGCCUAAAUGAAAUUAUGUCAAAAUUUAACUUUUUGCUCUUGUUAUUACCUUUCCAGUAAUAUAGUUAUACAAAGUCUUCCAGCUUUGCAAGUGAUUAAAAAAAAAGAGGGGAAAGAUAAAAAAGGCAGAUCUAGAUAACACAAUUUUAGAAAGUGUGUUGUUUGGCCAUGUUGGUAUUGGUGGUGAAGCUAUGAAAGGUCCAGGGAGAAUACAGAAAGCAGAAAAUGAUCACUCUUCCCUGAAGUGUGGCUACUGAUUUGUCUUAAGGUUUGAUGUAUGUUGGGGUGUUGGGAUUUUUUAAAGGUUUGCAGUAUGAGCUCAAAUGGAAAUAYGACAUUGCAUUUAAAAACCCAAACUUUAGAAACAAAUACCUAAAAGGUAAUUUUCUCUUUUAAAGACAUAUUUUUUCAUUUUUA